AUGCUAAAGGGGUAACAUCAACUACCUGAUUUCAUCGCCGUGAUACUUGUUUAUGGGAUAAUCUUCAGCGAAUAUUAUGCUUUUGUUUUUAUCUUCCUACCUGCAUUUCUUAAUAAACAUGGAAGUAUUACUUAUUUGAUUGGAAUUGAAUUUACCAUCAUAUUCAUCUUCUUGAAUUUAGCCUACAUUAUGAUCCAAUAUACCAAGCCUGGAUAUCCUCCGAAAGACUUAGUAUUUGCUCUUAUGACACUUAGGCUAAACAUUAUCAUGAAAGAACUUUGGAAGACAUUAAAUAAAGAACAAAAAAAAUGA